AUGCCCAUCCCGCAUGUGUUGCUGCUGCUACUAAUGCAGCAGCCGCUGUCUCUGCCGCCGCGACUGGGCUCUUCCUCCUUGCCCCCCCCCCCCCCUGCUUUGCCAACCAGUCCCUCUCUUCAAAAGAAGCCGCAGACCGACUGCAGACUCAUGGGCUGGGGGUGGACGUCAGAAACAAUGACCCUUGGAUGGGUGUGGCCAGGAUCAGAAUGA